UUUCUUAUGGCUUAAAUCAUCUAUUAUAUAGACCGGGACUUAACAAGGGGACAAAAUGAUACUUAUGUCGACUUGUGUCACUAAAUGGAAAGCACCCAGUAUGGUACUGGUCGUUGAUGGUGAAUUUCGAAACGUUGUUCAUAGUGCUGCCAGUGCUGACAAUCAAUUUUGGAACACAGCCAAGACUCGAAACUGCCAAGAGCUACUCUAGUCUACUUUGCUCUACACGUGCACGUAUAUCACUUCGUAUUACAACUUAUGGUGCAUUGAGAGUCAUUUCACUCAUUGGACAAAAAUAUGGUUCAAAAGUUGAGCUGACUCGAGGUUGGGCAUAUGUAUUACAGCCAACACCAGAGCUGUGGACAUUGACCUUGCCUCAUAGAACACAGAUUAUCUAUAGUCCAGAUAUAAGUCUUAUUAUACAUUUAAUGGAACUUAGACCAGGAAAUGUAAUUAUCGAAACAGGUACCGGCAGUGGCUCAUUAUCUCAUUCAUUGAUUCGAGCUAUACGUCCAAAUGGUCAUUUGUAUACCUUUGAUUUUCAUGAACAACGUGUAUCUAUUGCUGAUACAGAAUUUAAAAAGCAUGGUUUGAAUGAUUUUGUAACUUUAAAGAAAAGAGAUGUCUGCUUAGAAGGUUUUGGAGAGGAAUUGAAAUAUCAAAUUGAUGCGGUGUUUCUAGAUCUGCCACAUCCAUGGUUAGCUAUAGAGCAUACUACUGUAGCUUUAAAGAAAACAGGUGGAAAACUUUGUUUCUUCUCUCCUUGUAUUGAACAGGUUCAACGUACUUGUACAAAAUUGAUUUAUAAAGGAUUUAUAGAAAUACAUACAUAUGAAUGUUUGCAAAGAGAAAUGAAUGUUCAAUAUAGAUCUUUACCAUUAUUAAACUUGGAGUGCUUGAAAUAUAAGCAUAUAAGUGAGGAUAUUGUACAGAAGAAUGAGAAGAGAAAACAGGAAGAAAAAUUUCUUACAGUGACUCAUGCUUAUUCAUUACCUGGUCAUACAGGCUUUAUCACGAUUGCUACUCUUCCUCCUAAUUAUGCAUUCAAAUAAAAAAAUUAAGUUUAUAGUAUAGAAAUUUAAACAAAUAAAUAACUGGAAAAUACAAAAAACAUAAGGGCAUUAAAUAUUAUACAAAACUCGCAAACUAUUUUUACUAUUAUCUUAAAUAGGAACUCCAUUUUACAAACUACUUCUACUAGCAUUAUCAUUUUUUUUCUGAAAUUAAAUAUUGUUGUCUUAUUGUUAAAGACAUUAAGAUAUAAGAAAAUAAGAACUGGAUGUUAC